CCCAGCUGAGUAAGGUGCCCAAAUAUAAUUCUUUGUUAGUCGGAAGUAUUGUGAAUCGCGAGAUAUUACCACAGCCGAAAUCACGAACAUUCGCAGGGACAAAGGAAUAAGAUUGGUCCCCUCACUGGUAGUCGCGCCCUGCAUCUGCUUGUUACGGCGCCCCCUCCCCUUUCAGACCAAAAUGAGGUUUACCACACCUCUCAUCGCUGCUUCUCUACCUUUCAUGGUGCUUUCCAGCCCCACUCGCAUCCACAGUAAUGAAAAAGGUCGUUCAAUCCCGAUUAGCAGGGGUUCCACCUUCGUUAAUCAUGGCGUUGUCAACAUAACGGCUCUUCGGGCCCACCUUGCUUAUGUCGGCGCAAAAUACGACGUUGGCUUGAAGAAUUACGAGAGGAGUACCGGCCCAGUCCAUCCCCUCGCCUGGGAUAGAGCGACCCACGCCUCGAAAAGAGAUAUUAGCACCAGUGCCUUAACAGACGUUAGGGAUAGUAUUUGGUACGGCAACAUCUCAGUCGGGAACCCUCCUGUUACGUUUGCCAUCUUAUUCGAUACCGGAAGCACUGACUUCUUCAUUCCUGAUGUCUCUUGCACGAACUGUGGAGCACUGCGCAGUGCACGUUACAACCCUAGCUUGAGCUCCACUUCCUCGGCGGUGGGGAAAAGCUUCUCUCUCGUUUAUGGCGACGGUUCUUCCUCAGUCAGCGGAUACCAAUAUAUUGACGCUGUCACUGUAGCCGGGCUCACAGCCAAGCGUCAAACCCUCGGAUCCGCCACCGCCCUUACCCAUGAUUUCCGGACUGGAGCGACGGAUGGCUUGAUGGGCCUGGCCUGGCCAGCGAAUUCUGAGUUCGGUGCUACGCCCUUCUUCAACACCCUCAUGCAACAGGGAACCGUGAGCCAGGGUGUCUUCGCUUUCUACUUCUCAGAGUCCGGCUCAGAACUUCGCCUCGGCGGAACCGACGAAUCGCUCUACAGUACUCCUCUUCAGUGGAUCCCUGUGACCCAACAGCGUUAUUGGCGAGUUGGCCUCGAUAGCAUAAAUGCCCGAGGGACGGAGGCGGUCAGCGGUCUAUCAGCCAUUAUCGAUUCAGGUACCGCUCUUAUUGUCGGUGAUUCAUCUACAGUUAGGGAGUUCUAUCGACAUAUUCCUGGCAGUAAGGGUGACGUUAACUAUGAGUUCUUCACUUACCCCUGCCACUACGAUCCUCGAAUCUCCGUUACAUUCAAUGGGGCUUCGUAUCCCAUUGGUCUCAACUUCGGUCCAGUCUCCAAUGGGUCAAGCCAAUGUCUUGGUGGCAUUGUCGGUCUAGCUUACACUCCGUUCUGGAUUCUUGGUGAUAUUUUCAUGAGGAGCGUUUAUACUGCCUUCAACUUUGACAACGCUAGUAUUGGAUUUGCUCGAUUUAAAUCUGAGUGGGAUCCAAAAUUUCCAUAAUGGAAGGUAUUCGUCAGCGCCCACAUCUCGCUGCCCAUCUCCAAGGCUUUCAUUUAUCAGCAAACCCCCGAAGUUGAUAAAAGUGAUAGGAAGCACUUUAAUCACUUCUAUUUGUCAUACCAAUGUAAUCUAUGCGUUGAUUGAGACUCAAGCAGCUCAAUCACAACAAU